AUGGCUUGUUUUAAAGCCUCCACCUUAUAAAUACAUAAAUAUUAUAAAAGUUAUGAGACUUCCAUGCUCCAUACACAUUCAGAAUUCAUUAAAAAUUAUGGUCUAAUAUUUUUUCCUGCAACUGUAGCAUCACAUUUAGGUUCAUAAUGUAUUUUCCAUCCAUAUUUGCAUAAAUUUUUGAUUUUUGAUGAUGAAGAAUUGGACCGCUACAUUGAGUCUUCAUCACAUGGAGGCUAAUCCAUAUGUGUAAAUGAUGUCUCAUUCUCUCUGAACCAUUCUGUCCCAAACCUGAUGAUUCCGAUUAAUCCUGGCAUUGUCCAAUUUUUUUUUGACAUUAAAGACAUGAGUGGACACUUACUGCAUCGGUUAGAGUUAAAUAACUUGUUAUAACUGAAACGUUAUUAACCACUGCAUUACUAACUGUUACUUAGUUAAAUUCAGGCAGUUAUUUAUUUUUUUCCCAGGCUGUUUAUUUAACUGUAACUGCAGCAAGUAGCCUCUCAUUUCUUUAAUAUAUAUUGCAUACAUAUUUAUUAAAAAUAAUAAUAAUAAUACAUUUUAUUUAUAGGCACCUUUCAGGACACUCAAGGUCACCGUACAAAGUUGUUAAAAUAAAUGAAACGCAAUUAAAAUGAAGUGGGUGGAAGGAUGGAAUUGGGUUUGGUGUACAGGUAGAGCUGGGUGUCAUCCGCAUAACAAUAGAAAUGAAUAUUGUACUUGUGAAAUAUCUGACCAAGGGGGAUGACAUAGAUGAUAAAUAGAAGGGGCCCAAGAACAGAGCCUUGAGGAACACCAGAGGAAAGAGGGGAUGGGUGGGAUGUAAAUUUUUUUAAUUGAAUAAACUGAGUGCGGUCAUUUAAUAAAUAUUGCAUGUGCAACUUCUUUUUUGGCCAGGCUGUGUGUGAAAAUGUAUGUAUCAAAUAUGUCCAAUAUAUUUAUUAACUUGAAAUCUGUAAAAUAAGCUAUAAGAACCACAUAUUUUCACACUUAUUUCUAUAUUUCCCUGGCAGACGGUGAACACAAUACAACAUAAGAAACUCACAAUCCAAAGGACUGACUCCGUACACUUGAAAACUUCAAUGAAACCCAUAAACAGAUUGAAAAAGAAAGAGGAGGGUAGAAGAAAAGAGAAGGCUCUCAUAAAUGAACAAGUGAAACAAAGUUGGAAAAGAGGAGAAAAUGGGUUGCUGAGUUGGAUGGGUGUUAGGGGCUGUAGGGUUGGGACAGAGGUUGACAAGGAGCAGGGAGGGAGGGUGAUGCGGAACAGCAGGGCAUUGUGUUCAUACACCAGGCACUGGGAGACACACUCAAACACAUUCACGCAUUCACACACUGACACGGUCGUGCACACAAGCGCAUGCUUCUGCCCACUGCCACACAGACUUGCACUGGCAUCUCGGAGGGCAGCCCCAUCUCCAAUCCCCAGUCCGGUCCUGGGUGUCGAAGCAGACAGACCCUCUCCACAGCUGACCUCUCAGCUCCGUUCCUCAGCCUCACUGUGGACUGAACUGAAACGCUCAGGGCCGCCGUUCACCUCUCAAGGCAUCUACGAUUGAUCCCCACGAGAAAAACACCUGCAGACCACCUCAACCUCAGGACCACAGCCAAGGAGGCAGUAAGAGCCAACACACGUCUGUUAAGGAUACCUGCCCUUUGAUCCAAGCUGAAGCGAUCAUCACCUGAACACUGAGGUUCCACCAGUGGAUUUUUCCAGAACUCAAGACUGUCACUCAUCUUGCAGGACUAAGCAGGCGCUGUUCAACACAAAGAGACACUUAAAAACCCAAGACAAAUCCAUCUGAGUGAAAAAAAAAAACACCUAUUGCCAUGGCAACCACGGGUAUGCAGCUGCUAGGCCUUAUCCUGUCCAUAGUGGGCUGGGUGGGUGGGUUGGUAGUGUGUGCCAUCCCUCUGUGGCGAGUCACUGCCUUCAUCGGUAACAACAUAGUGACAGCUCAGAUCAUUUGGGAAGGCCUUUGGAUGAAUUGCAUUGUGCAGAGCACCGGUCAGAUCCAGUGUAAGGUGUACGACAGUUUACUGGCCCUGCCCAGCGACAUGCAGGCGGCCCGCGGCCUCACCGUCUUCUCCAUCCUGCUCUGUGGCCUGGCUCUGGCUCUGGGGGUCCUGGGGGUCAAGUGCACUAAGUGUAUUGGUGUAAACAGUGUUAAAGCCCGUAUCGCUCGCAUUUCCGGCGCCCUCUUCGCUAUCGCAGGGUUCCUUUACCUUGUGCCCGUCUGCUGGACUGCCCACUCCAUCAUCAGGGAUUUCUACGACCCACAUGUGGCGGCUCCCCACAAACGUGAGCUCGGCCCUGCCCUUUACAUCGGCUGGGGGGCAGCAGCUUUGCUCCUCAUCGGGGGAUCUCUGCUCUAUGCUGGGUCGAGUCCCCCUGGUAUCCCGGGAUCUCCCACCUUCAGCAGUGGAGAAAGUAGUCCUCGCAGAGCACCUGCCACACAAGUCAAAGGUUAUGUCUGAGUUCAAACCAUACCUGAAAAACCUGAAGUCCCCCCAAAAAUGACAAACCUGUUUUUUUCUUUUCUCAAUUUUGCUCCUUGUAAUUAUUUUAUAUUUAAUGUUAUUCCAGUUUAUUUUUUUCUUUGAAAAGCCGCAGGAGGCUGUUUAGGGAAAAAUGAACUCAUUUCAUUAUGACAUACAUUCUAUCCACCCAUAACCCUUUAGCUCUGUCUGUCGUUGUAAAAGACAAUAAAGGUUUUUUGUCCUUAAAA